GCGCGCCGGCGACCAUGGCGUUCGCCCGGCUGAAGCGAGUGCAUUAACCCCGGGAGGCGGCGGCGGCGGGGGAGCGAGACUCGAGCGGGCGGGCUCAGCCUGAGGGAAGGGAGGAAGGGGCGGGGAGAGCGCCGGAGGGAGGCCGGUCGGCCGCAGGCGGGCGGGCAGCGCAGCGCAGCGCCGAACGGGGCCCGCGGGCCCAUGAGGAGGCCGGGGGACCAUGGGCUCCAGGAUCAAGCAAAACCCAGAGACCACAUUUGAAGUGUAUGUUGAAGUGGCCUAUCCUAGGACAGGUGGCACUCUUUCAGAUCCUGAGGUGCAGAGGCAAUUCCCGGAGGACUACAGUGACCAGGAAGUUCUACAGACUCUGACCAAGUUUUGUUUCCCCUUCUAUGUGGACAGCCUCACAGUCAGCCAAGUUGGCCAGAACUUCACAUUCGUGCUCACUGACAUUGACAGCAAACAGAGAUUCGGGUUCUGCCGCUUAUCUUCAGGAGCGAAGAGUUGCUUCUGUUUCUUAAGCUAUCUCCCCUGGUUUGAAGUAUUUUAUAAGCUACUUAACAUCUUGGCAGAUUACACGACAAAAGGACAGGAGAGUCAGUGGAAUGAGCUUCUCGAAACUCUGUACAAACUUCCUAUCCCUGACCCAGGAGUGUCUGUUCAUCUCAGCGUGCAUUCUUAUUUUACUGUGCCUGAUACCAGAGAACUUCCCAGCAUCCCUGAGAAUAGAAAUCUGACAGAAUAUUUUGUGGCUGUGGAUGUAAACAACAUGUUACAUCUGUAUGCCAGUAUGCUCUACGAACGCCGGAUACUCAUCAUUUGCAGCAAACUCAGCACUUUGACUGCCUGCAUCCACGGGUCUGCUGCGAUGCUCUAUCCCAUGUUCUGGCAGCAUGUGUACAUCCCUGUCCUGCCUCCACAUCUGCUGGACUACUGCUGUGCUCCCAUGCCCUACCUCAUAGGAAUCCAUUUAAGUUUAAUGGAGAAAGUCAGAAACAUGGCCCUGGAUGAUGUCGUGAUCCUGAAUGUGGACACCAACACUCUCGAAACUCCCUUUGAUGACCUCCAGAGCCUCCCAAAUGAUGUGAUCUCUUCACUGAAGAACCGACUGAAGAAGGUCUCCACGACAACCGGCGAUGGUGUGGCCAGAGCCUUCCUCAAGGCCCAGGCCGCUUUCUUCGGCAGCUACCGAAAUGCUCUGAAAAUCGAGCCGGAGGAGCCAAUCACCUUCUGUGAGGAAGCCUUCGUGUCGCACUAUCGCUCAGGAGCCAUGAGGCAGUUCCUGCAGAACGCCACCCAGCUGCAGCUCUUCAAACAGUUUAUCGAUGGUAGAUUAGACCUUCUCAAUUCCGGCGAGGGCUUCAGUGAUGUUUUUGAAGAGGAGAUCAACAUGGGCGAGUAUGCCGGGAGUGAUAAGCUGUACCACCAGUGGCUCUCCACAGUCCGGAAAGGAAGUGGAGCGAUUCUGAACACUGUAAAAACGAAAGCAAACCCGGCCAUGAAGACUGUCUAUAAGUUUGCAAAAGAUCAUGCAAAAAUGGGAAUAAAAGAGGUGAAAAACCGCUUGAAGCAAAAGGACAUCACUGAGAAUGGCUGUGCCCCCACCACAGAAGAGCAGCUGCCAAAGACUGCGCCGUCCCCACUGGUAGAGGCCAAGGACCCCAAGUUCCGAGAAGACCGGCGGCCAAUCACAGUCCACUUUGGACAGCCACAGAGACUCCGUCCCACUCGCCCGCCGCCUCCCAAGAUACAGCGCUCGAGGCCCGUGCGCCCUCCCCGUCCACACGUCAUUAAAAGACCGAAGAGCAACAUCACAGUGGAAGCCCGAAGGACGUCCGUCUCGAGCCCCGACCACCUCGUAAAGCCCUUGCGACACUAUGCUGUCUUCCUCUCCGAAGACUCCUCUGACGAUGAAUGCCAGCGGGAAGAGGGCCCGAGCUCUGGCUUCACCGAAAGCUUUUUCUUCUCCACUCCCUUUGAAUGGCCACAGCCAUAUCGGACACUCAAGGAGUCAGACAGUGCAGGGGACGAGGCCGAGAGCCCGGAGCAGCGAGCGCGGGAGCCCGUAGGCCCCACCCCAGCUCCGCAUGACCGGGCCGCCAGCAUCGACCUCCUGGAGGACGUCUUCAGCAACCUCGACAUGGAAGUCCCGCUGCAGCCGCUGGGCCAGGCCAAAAGCUUGGAAGAUCUUCGGACCCCCAAAGAUGUGAGGGAGCAGCCGGGGACCUUUGACUAUCAGAGGUUGGACCUGGGCAGAAGUGACAGGAGCCGCGGGACACCAGGGGCCUUGAAGCUCACCCACCCGCACAGCAGGCUCUGGAGCCUAGGCCAGGACGACAUGGCGAUCCCCAGCAAGCCUCCCGCCGCCUGCCCCAAGAAGCCCUCAGCCCUGCUCGGGAACUCCCUGGCCUCACCCUGCAGGCCCCAGAACCAGAACGGCCUCCUGAACCCCAGUGAAAAGGAGGAGGUGCCCACGCCCACCCUGGGCAGCAUCACCAUCCCCCGGCCCCAGGGCAGGAAGACCCCGGAGCUGGGCAUUGUGCCCCCGCCUCCCACCGCCCGCCCAGCCAAGCUCCAGGCCCCCGGCCUCACCCUCGGCGACUUCUCGGAGCGGCUGCCGGCUGAGUGGGAAAGGCAGGCUGCCCUCAGCUCAGCCCCGUUCCCUGGGCUCCUCUCCAGCGCUGCACCCCAAGACCCCACCGAACUGCUCCAGCCACUCAGCCUGGCCCCAGGGGCCGCCGGCAGCAGCAGUGAUGCCCUGCUGGCCCUGCUGGACCCACUUAACACAGCCUGGUCGGGCAGCGCCCUUCCACCAGGCCCCACAGCCCCAAAUGUAGCCACCCCGUUUACCCCCCAAAUUAGCUUUCCCCCCAUGGGGACCCCUACCCCAUUUCCACAGCCGUCACUCAACCCCUUUGUCCCAUCUGUGCCAGCGACACUGCCCACCAUGCCCCUGGUCUCUGCACCAGCUGGGCCUUUUGGGGCCCGUCCUGCUUCCCUGGGGCCAGCCUUUGCCCCCACGCUCCUGCUGUCCGGCUCCGGCUUCUGUGCCCCGCGUCGACCCCAGCCCAGCCUGUCUGCUCUCUCUAUGCCCAACCUCUUUGGCCAAGUGCCCAUGGGCACCCACUCCCCGCAGCCUCUGGGUCCCCCGGCGGUCGCCCCCUCGAGGAUCCGAACACUGCCCCUGGCCCGCUCAAGCGCCAGGGCCGCCGAGGCCAAGCAGGGGCUGGCCCUGAGGCCUGGAGACCCCCCACUCCUCCCCUCCAGGCCCCCCCAGGGCCUGGAGCCAGCCCUGCAGCCCUCUGCUCCACGAGAGGCCAGAGACCCCUUUGAGGAUUUGUUACGGAAAACCAAGCAAGACGUGAGCUCGGCCCCUGCCCCGGCCCCCGGCUCCGUGGAGCAGCUCAGGAAGCAAUGGGAGACCUUCGAGUGAGCAGCGCCGAGGGUGGGGCGAGCCGAGGCCGGCCGGCCCUGCUUCCUCUGCUACUGUUUCUGCCCAGGUUCUACUGGUGGGAAGGGCUGGGAACCCUCUCUGCCGCCCCUCCUCCUCUCCACACUGCCCAUCUCUGGAGAAUGGCGCCAUUUCCAGCCUGGGAAUCGACCCAGCUCCUGGGUGCCUGUCCCGCCCCGCCACCACCCUCCCCCCGCCCCCCCAAUUGGGUUUUGCACUAAAGAGGUCAGCUGGGCCAGCAAUUGCCCCAGGCCACGUCCUACCCACCUUCCCUCUGGAAACUGCCCACCAGGAGCCCCGCGCAUCCUCAGGAUGUCUCCUCCUGAGCCCCGUUCUCUUGCCCCAGCUGCAGCCCAGCCCUGCACACCCCACCUCGAUGGGCACGAGCGUUGGCGGUACACCAGCUCGUCUGCACGAGAGGCACGUGGUUUGGAGUUUGAAGUAAGGAACCCCCUCCCCCUCCUCCCACCCCAAAUGGAGGAUCCACCUGGAGGAGCAUUUCCAAACCCUCUCUAGCAAUAUGCACACUCGUCUUUACUAAGUCUUCACCCCAACCCCUACACCUCUGUUUUUCUGACUUGGUUGGGAUCUGGGGGCUGAGGGAUCCACGGGAUCCCUCAUGGUAACCAAACCAAGCCCCAGCCAGCCCUGCGUGAGGGCCAGGAGCACCAGCAACUUUGAUUAUAGAAGACAAGACGGCAACGGGUAAACCUGAGCGCGUCAGGAUGGGUCCGCUGCCAUCCACACUCUCCCCCAGAUCCCCAGAGGUUCUCCUGGUCUCCAGUUAUGAUCACAUGAGGCUCUGGCUCUUGUCCAGUGGGUCUCAAGGGGCAGAGCUGAGAAGCAGGCACCCAGACCUCCGCUGGAAGGCAAAGCUUAACACCACAGAGAUGCAAGGGUCCCAGUGCCUGGCUCCUUGGGGCAGGAGGGGGCAGGGCACUGAGCCCCUCUCCAGGCCCCUGGGGAGUGGGCAGGCUUGGCUUCUUGCAGCCUGGACGCAGGAGGGCUUGGAGUCACCCCCUCCCUGCCCACCUUGUGAUUGCUGCCAGCAUAGAAAUUCCUGAGGCCAACGUCACCAAAGCUAAAUUGAAAUGUUUUGUUAUUAUUUCUUUUAUCUUUCUUUUCCUUUUUACUUUUAUUGAUUUGAUGGAAUCUUGAAAUUGACUAGUUUCAAUAAACCAAGUUAAAAUAUGGCCCAACCAUUUAAGAAAACAACCAUCUGAGACAUGCAGGAAAUUGUGAACAUUUUGACCUGAUUUCUCAUUUCCUAUUUGUGAAUGGUCAGACACACAGUCUCAGGGGUGGCUGAGGGGGCAAGGGGGUUUCUAGAGGCCCCUAUAACCCCAGGGAGCCUUGUCAUCGUCUGAGGGACUGGGAGACCACCCCCACCCGUGAGUGAGCAAGGCCCGGCCCUGAGGUUUGCUCCGACAACAUGGGGUGUGAAGAGCUGCUGGCCCAGCACAAGCUCCUUGGUCAGUCACGGCCCCUUGGGCAAGUCUUCUCUUUCAAUCUCGGCAAUGUCCUCUGGCCGCCGGAAGUGGGGUGCUGUGUCAUGUCUGGGCCAUGCGGGCGCCUCUAGGACACUCAGGUGUUUUCAGCAGAGAUUGCAGAUCCAUCCUGGGCAGACCCCCAAGCCCCAUCAGGACAGGGUAGCCCACUCGGUGGGCAGAGUCUUAAGGCAAGAGGUGCUCGGUGGCCUCAGGGAAGCUGAGCCCAACCCGUGGUCUCCCUGGCUGGGCGCCGGUGGCGAGAGCACCAUGUUCACAAGAGCACUGCUGUCUCUUCCCUUGCUGGAUUGAAUCUGCAAAUCCAAGGAUGAAUUUUGUGUGUGCGUUCAAUAAAAGUCUUCUUGGAGAGAA